AAGCCUGCACGCUGGCCGCCGGCUGCCACUGCGGCAGCCCCGGCGCCUCCUCGGGUCGCCCCGCACAGCUGCGAGGAAAGAUGUUGACUGUGCUGACCCGCCAGCCUUGCGAGCACGCAGGCUUCAAGGCCCUCUCCCGCACGCCAGUCGUCGUGGCCUUGGUGGUCUUGAUUUUGAGCGUGGUGGUACUUGUGGCCAUCACACUCAUCCAGAUUCACCAGAAAGAGGUCCUCCUUCCCGGACUGAAGUAUGGAAUCGUGCUCGAUGCCGGGUCUUCCAGAACCACAGUCUACGUGUAUCAGUGGCCAGCGGAGAAGGAGAACAAUACCGGCGUGGUCACCCAAACCUCCAGAUGCAGUGUGAAAGGCUCUGGGAUCUCCAGCUACGGGAAAAACCCCCAAGAUGCCCCCAAAGCCUUCGAGGAUUGCAUGCGAAAAGUCAAGGAGCAGAUUCCCGCCCACCUGCAGGGGUCCACGCACAUUUACCUGGGCGCGACGGCUGGGAUGCGCCUGCUGAGGUUGCAAAAUGAAACAGCAGCUAAUGAAGUCCUUGCAAGCAUCCAAAACUACUUCAAGUCCCAGCCCUUUGAUUUUAGGGGUGCUCAAAUCAUUUCUGGGCAAGAGGAAGGGAUAUAUGGAUGGAUUACAGCCAACUAUUUAAUGGGAAAUUUCCUGGAGAAGGACCUGUGGCACAUGUGGGUGCAUCCAAAUGGAGUGGAGACCACAGGUGCCCUGGAUUUAGGCGGCGCCUCCACCCAGAUAUCCUUCGCGGUGGGAGAGAAGGCGGAGCUGAACACCAGUGACAUCAUAAAGGUGUCCCUGUACGGCUACGUGUACACACUCUACACGCGCAGCUUCCAGUGCUACGGGCGAAACGAGGCCGAGAAGAGGUUUCUGGCCAUGCUCCUUCAGGUACCUGAGUGGGGGGCGGGGAGCAGGUGUUUCCUGGGGGGUCUCAGUUACCCUCGGAAUUACAGCACCACCUUCACCGCGGGCCACCUCUUUGACAGCCUGUGCACGGAGGAGCUGAGGCCUGGAGGUUAUGACCCCGAUGACACCAUCACUUUUGAAGGAACCGGGGACCCAUUACUCUGUCGGGUGAAGGUGGCUUCCCUCUUUGCCUUCAGAGCUUGCCACGACCGAGAGAUCUGCUGCUUUGACGGGGUUUAUCAGCCGGAAGUUAAAGGAUCUUUUGUGGCCUUUGCGGGAUUCUUCUACACGGCCAACGCGUUAAACCUCUCGGGCAGCUUUUCCCUGAACGCCUUCAACUCCAGCACCUGGGAUUUCUGCUCACAGGACUGGAGUCAGCUCCCGCUGCUGCUGCCCCGGUUUGAUGAGGUGUACGCCCGCUCCUACUGCUUCUCGGCCCACUAUAUCUACCACUUGCUCGUGAGUGGGUACAAAUUCACCGAGGACACCUGGCCCCAAAUACAUUUUAAAAAAGAGGUGGACAAUAGCAGCAUAGCCUGGUCUCUUGGCUACAUGCUCACCCUGACCAACCAGAUCCCAGCCGAAAUCCCCCUGAUCCGCCUGCCCAUGAAGCCACCUACCUUUAUGAGCGUCCUCGCCUUCUUCACGGGAGUGGCCUUGCUGUGCCUGGGAUUCCUGGUGUACCUGUAUGCGUUGUCUAGGAAUCAGAGGCGCUCCCAGCAUGCCUUGGACCAUGCAGUGGAUUCCGAGUGAGCCGAGUGAGCAGCUGCAGGAGCUCGAGGGCUGCCCAGGUCCAGCCUGGGUGACACCAGACAAUGCGAGUGAAAUGCCCAUCUGCGGGAAACACGACCACAGUCUAAUACUUAGGUCGUGUGCCCCUCAGAUACGAUGUAUGCCAAAGCACCUCUUGGGGAGCCCCUCAACUGUUCCUUGCACACUGCUCCUCAGAGACCCCACCACCCAAUGCUGGCCCCCUGGGGAACAGGAGAGACAGGCCCUCAAGGCCGGCUCUUUAUUCCAGGGCCCCAGAGGAAGAGGAAGCAGAGGUUAUGACAUUUCCAUGUUGAAGAAUUGACCUCAGGGCACAUUUUGCAUCCUGUCCUCCCUUUAGAAAUGCCGUAUUCCUCCUGGCAGAUGCCCACUAAGCAUUUGACCCGAUCAGCUAUCUCAUCGUAUGGCUUCCGCCCACUGGUCCUUAACUGGGACUGUCCUUUAGCAAUCCCAUAAACAUUGAGCUCCCUCAGGUUGGUAGAAUAUAGAAUCUGGGGGAGAAGACCGCUUUACGCCCAAGGACAGUGGCCACAGCCAGCUUCUGUCGUGCAGGCAGAACGUGAAGGAUGGACGCACAGCAAGUCUCCCAGAAAACAGCUGGCCAUUCCCCAAGUGGGAUUCUCUCCCGCUCAGGGCUCUGGUCAUUAGAUCGCAGCCGGUGUCUGUAUCAUUAUCCUCACCCCCCCUUCACGUUGCUCCUGUCAUCCUAUGAAACAUUUCCUCCCAGCGAGGGCAUUGUGUCCCAGAUCUUUUUGCCUUGGCGAGGCUUUUGUUUCAGGCCAUCUUUCCAGAAAUCGUUAGCGUGGUGUGCACCUUCUGUCCACCAUCCCACAGGUAUGCUUGAUGCUGCCAUAAGACGUCCUAUUCUAUGAUUGGCUUACCAGUUCCUUUCCUGGGUGGUAGACCUCCCUGCGUAGCGGCCAUAGUUCCUGACUUUGGAGAAAGAAGAGGAAGCUGCAGGGACGUUUAACUCCUAAGUGGGAUGGGGGAGAACUCCAGCAUGUCCGAUGGCUACAGGCUACAAAUCAACAUGAUUGCAGAUGGUUGUUGGUAGCUCAAUGUGGAAUAAAGGACUCGGAUUUUGUUUUGA